AAAAAUCUUAAACUACAUAGGUAUAGCCUAUAUGCGAGUAACACUCCAUUGAAUUCCUUUAGAACCUCUGGAACCUCUCAUAUGUCAUACGCAAAGCGCGAAUUGCAGAAGCUCGUUCCAGUUGCAGGUUUCGUUUUGGUUGAAGGCAGAUUAUAGAAUUGUUAAAAUGGACGUUUUACGUUCUGCGGUCGGCAAUGUUGAUGAUCAUGUGGGGAUUCCUGAUGAUUUGCGGUGUAAGAGGUCGGAUGGUAAACAAUGGAGAUGUACAGCCAUGUCUAUGCCUGAUAAAACCGUGUGUGAGAAGCACUAUAUUCAGGCGAAGAAGAGGGCAGCGAACUCUGCUUUACGAGCUAGUUUGAAGAAAGCAAAGAGGAAGCCUAUGGGUGAAAGUCCAGUUUAUUUGGAGAGCAAGAGUGAUGACAAGGAUAUGCCUCCUAUGGAUGUAGAGGUUCAGGAUUUUCCUGUUGCAGGUUUCGCAAGGAGGCCUAAGGACCGGGUCGUGAACAAUCAACUUCUCGGUUCUCCUGAAUCUCCAUCAGUGAAAAGUUUGUCUAUGCUGAAUCCGUUGAAUCUAGAGGAUGAUAUGCAGACAGACUUGGAUCCUUAUGAUGAAAGUCGGAAGUCUUACAUAGCAUCGCCUCCUUACGCCUUAGAAUCCUCAAGGAACAUGUCACAGAAGAGUACUGAUAAUGGUGCCAUGGCUAUGAGUGAGGUUCAUUCUGAUGCGAGCUCUGAUUCUUCUGAUGAGACUGGUGGACUAACUUGCCAUCAGUGCCGAAGGACCAACAAAGUCUCAGUUGUUUGGUGCCUUAAAUGUGAUAGAAGAGGGUAUUGUGGUAGCUGCAUCAGUACAUGGUAUACAAAUAUCCCUUUGGAAGAGAUCCGAAGACUUUGCCCUGCAUGUCGUGGCAUUUGUAAUUGUAAGGUGUGCUCGAGGGUGGAUAAUUUGAUAAAGGCAAAGAUCAGGGAGAUACCUGUGCUGGAUAAGCUGCAAUACCUUUAUUGCUUGCUGUCUUCAGUGCUUCCUGUGGUUAAGCAGAUCCACCAGCAACAAUGUGCUGAAGUGGAAUUAGAGAAGAAGCUUCGUGGAGUUGAUGUAGAUCUUGAGAGGACAAAAUUGAAUGCAGAUGAGCAGAUGUGCUGUGAUUGCUGCAGAGUUCCAAUUGUUGAUUAUCAUCGGCACUGCUCAAGCUGCUCAUAUGAUCUCUGCCUCAGUUGCUGUCAAGAUCUUCGUAGUGCAAUGUUGGCUAAUGUAGUGGGUGAUCAUAUCUCUGAAAAAAAUCAGUUUGGAGAAGUUCUGAAAGAGCAACAAGCUUCACCAAACCAUAGGCUUUUGAUAAGUGUCUUGUUUCCUGGCUGGAGAGCAAGUAAAGAUGGCAGUGUACCUUGCCUUCCCAGAGAACAUGGUGGCUGUGGUUGCUCUUAUUUAACUCUUCGGCGAAUUUUUAAGAUGAAUUGGGUUGCUAGGCUGGUAAAAAAUUUAGAGGAAAUGGUUGGUGGUUGCAGGGUUAAAGCUAUAUUUUCUUCAGACACACGAUCACUUAAAUCUAGCUUCUGUAAAUGUGCAUCACGCAAGGACAGUGAUGAUAAUUUCUUGUAUUGUCCAUCAGCUCAAGACAUUAAGCAUGAUGGGGUUGUUUACUUCAGAAAACGUUGGGCAAAGGGUGAACCUGUCCUUGUCAAGCAGGUAUGUAAUGAUUCGUCAAGUACAAGUUGGGACCCCAUGGUUAUAUGGAGAGAAAUUUGUGAAUCUACUGAUGAGAGGAUGAAUGAUGCUGGUAGAAUGGUGAAAGCUGUUGACUGUCUAGUUGGGUCUGAGGUUGAUGUAGAACUUGGGCAAUUUAUGAAAGGAUACUCAGAGGGGCGCCUCCAUGAAAAUGGUUGGCCACAAAUGUUGAAGUUGAAGGAUUGGCCGUCACCAAGUGCAUCUGAAGAGUUCUUUUUGUACCAAAGACCUGAAUUUAUUAGUAAAGUGCCAUUUCUUGAAUUUAUUCAUUCCAAGUGGGGGCUUCUGAAUGUUGCUGCAAAAUUGCCACAUUAUUCCCUGCAAAAUGACGUUGGACCAAAGAUAUUAAUCUCAUAUGGACUGUCUGAAGAGUUAGGUAGAGGUGACUCAGUGACCAAUCUCCAUAUGAACAUGCGUGAUAUGGUAUACCUUUUGGUGCAUUCUUGUGAAAUGAAAGCUAAAGGAUGGCAGCAGGCAAACAUUGACAAUAUACAGAAACCUUGUGGGGAAACUAUGGUUCAAGAUUCUUCUGGAUAUCCAUGCAGGGACUUGAACGAGAAAGUUCCACCUAGUUUUUCCUUUGAUGAAAAUGAGAGAAGUAAUGUUAAUAGGAAUAAGCUAGACAUAAAUCUAGAUGAGCAAAUAGAGGAUGCUGAACGCCAGACAAUUGACCUUGAACAUGGGCAAAUGGAAGGUAGAUUAAGCUCCUCCGGCACACAUCCUGGGGCUAUUUGGGAUGUCUUUCGACGGGAGGAUAUUCCAAAGAUAACGGAGUAUCUAAAAGCCCAUUGGAUGGAAUUUGGAAAGUCCGAUACGGUCAUAAGCCCUCUCUAUGGUGAAGCAGUGUAUCUGAAUGGUCACCAUAAGCAAAAACUGAAGGAGGAAUUUGGGGUUGAACCAUGGUCAUUUGAACAGUACUUAGGUCAAGCGGUGUUUGUCCCAGCUGGAUGUCCAUUCCAAGUGAGGAAUGUGCAGUCAACAGUUCAGUUGGGUCUUGAUUUCUUGUCUCCUGAGAGCUUAGAGCAUGCAGUGAAACUCGCUGAAGAGAUACGUUGUCUUCCAAAUGAUCAUGCUACAAAGCUUCAAAUGGUGGAGGUUGGAAAGAUAUCACUGUACGCAGCGAGUUCUGCUAUUAAAGAGGUGCAGAAGCUGGUUCUUGAUCAAAAGCUUGGUGCGGAGCUUGUAUUUGAGGAUCGUAAUUUAACCGCAAUGGUUGCAGAAAAUCUGGAGAAUAUGAUGAAACAAAGACAAGUAGUUUGCGCGUAGAUCAAUCUAUUUGCAUAUUUGGUUGCAUCGACUGUCAAAGAUUUGUGUAUUGUUCUCUUCUUUAUGUUUUGCUGUGAUGUCUUGUGUCGACGACCUAUCAGUUAGCUAAUCUGUGAUGAGGCUGUUUUGAGUGAAGUAUCAUGAGGCUAGCUCCCAAGUUCACAAGCCAAAGGCUUAAGGGUCAUGGACCAGAAUAUGUGUACUUCGGUCUUUGAUACUUAUUAUGGAACUGCAUGUAUAUACCUGCUUAGUUACAUAAAAAAAGGGAGGGGUAUUAGCAAUUGAGGACUUUGGUGCUAAAAGUUCUAUUUUUCUGAAAUUUGAUGAUUAUUUGAGCCGUUACAGACGACGAUUGAUUAAUGUCUUGAAUAUGCUUCACAAAUGUGUUGAUUGGCAUUAAUAUGGUGUAGAAUGGAAGAAUUGCUUAUAUUGUGUGUACUAACUACUAAUCUCUCAAAAAGAGAGAUUCGUGAAUGGAUCCUCAAUUUUAGAUAUGUUAGUGGUAAUAUGUUUGUUUUGAUCAAGAUCCGACCUGAUUAGGCCUUCAUACACGCAUAGAUGUAGACUCUCCCUCCCCCACUCUGUCUCUCUCUCACUCACUCUCUCUCUCUCUCUCCCCCCCCCCCCACCCUCACACAACUUCAGUUUAGAAGAAUCUAGUAUGUAUCACUUAUCAGUCAUUGGGCCUGUGAUUAGUGAGUAUCUGUUACGAUCCUAAUUUUUGUGUUUUUAAAAUGGGAUAUUAUACAAACUCCUUUAUCGAUACAAAUGCCUUAGCCAAAUGAUUCUGAAGUCUGUAUUCUUUACUUGUCUUCUCACAUACUCCUCUGUCUCAAAUACCUGUUCUAUAGCAGCUUGGCUCACUGUUUAAUAAGAGUGAAAAACUAGAGAAUAAAAUUGGUAGGUGUGGGACCCAACUGAGAAAAAGUAGAGAUGUAGAAGGUUACCAUAAAUGGAUGGAUCAAGGCAUCAAGCAUUAUGAAGCACUUAUUAAUAAUGGAAAGGAGAGCUAGUAUUUUGAGACACGGAGUAUUAUAUCAUGUAUCUUUGCAUGUGGAUGAUAGCAAACAAUUUGGUCGAACUACGUGAAUUUAUUUCCUGAUCCUUUAUUUCUAUUUUUAACCUGCGUCGUUACAACAUUCUUUUACAUGCAUAUGUUAUGAAGUGAGACUAAAAGAAGCAGCCAUGUUGUAGAAUUCUAUUUCCACUUCCGGCCAUGCUGUUUCUGGGGCUUGGGCAUUCAGUGUGUAUAGCCGUCCAUUUUGGGCGCAGCAUACAGUCACGUUAUGGCGCUGGAAUGAGGGGCUAUCAACCCUAAAUUCCAGUUCAUAAUAACUAAUAUUUUUUAGCAAAUCCUGCCGCAGGUUUGAUCUCAGCAGUGUAGCCUUCACAUCCGGGCGCCGUGUGGGGGCUGUUAUAGUUUUGAUAACUGCUUCUCCUACCUCUUUUGGUCCUCCAAAUGCUUCUAUCCUGUGAACAAAACCAUGAUAACAAAAGAAAACAAGUUCCUUAUUGUUGAUGUGGAGGUCUAAACUUGCUUUGAGAUGUUACAUUUUAGAUAUUUUGAAUUGGACUCUCAAGAAAUUUAAAUGCACCACUUGAAGCAGCUAAUAUAUGAGAAAUAUCAGUGGUAGUUUCCGAUGUGACAAAAUAAUCUCGAGUGAAAAUGUGCAACUUUAUUUUGAAAGAAUUCACCUAUUUUGCUCUUAUUCCAUACAUUUUGCCUGUUUCUUGGAGGUUCUAGUUUGAAAGUUUUAUGAAGAUAUGAGUAGCAUAGUGUAUACAGAGUUUCGUUAUGAAGCUAUAAAUUCCAAAAUAGUACUAGUAGAAUACAGCAACUUUGAGUUCUUGAUAAUAAACGAGAAAGAUCUUGUUGAUGGAAGAAUAAAGCACAAGGAAACAUUAACUUUUGUAUUCAACUUCUUAUGUUAAGUAAAUUACUCACCCAGAUUUGUCAAAAGUGUUUGAUUUGGAUAUGGUGUCCAACAUGAAUAUGCAGUUUUCUCUAGAUUUUUCUGCUAUUUUGUAAGGAUUACAUACAUGUACGACACCGUAGCAGCAUGGGUAUGGCUUGGUAGGUGAAGGAUCAAAGUAAUAUAGAUGUGAUGAUGCUUUUAGAUCUAUGUGUCUGCAUGUUGGUCUUAUCCAGAUGUGAAUAUUGAAGGUAUGGAGAGCUUUGACUGUUAUUACCUGAAAUCUACAGAGACUGGUGAAACAAUCACGCUGACAUUAAGCUCACCAGUCGAGCUAGGAGGACCAAAGGCAAUGACUGGUUCAUUCACAUUUCUUUUGCGUCGUUUACCAGAACUGAGAGGAAGGGGAUCGAGUGAUCUCUCUCGUUCUGCCCGCUCUGCUGCUCUAUACAGUAAUGUCUGGUCUGCAACCCAUGUAGCUGGAUAUAUGAAUUCUGUUUAUAUAUUUUUUUUCCAGUAAAACAUGCAACAUUCAUCAGUGACAGCCAAUUUAGAUUCUUUUUAUAUCUUGAGAUGCAAUUUGAUUUAUUCGCUUGAAACAUAAUAAAAAUUGCAUGUAUAAACUAUAGACAUAGUCACAUAGACUUGCUAACCAAAUCCUUCAUCUGGUUGAAUGCAGCGACUAUAUCCUCCUAUUGGAUAAAGCACAUCCAGCUUGAGAUUUCUCCCAGUCUCUGGUGAAAGCCCAAGGAGGAAGCUCGUGAUUCCGGUAAAAUUAGCACCAAUAGCUACUAAAGAAGCUGACCCAAUGCCUAUUAUAAGCCGUCGUUGGAAUGUUGAUGCUAGCGGUGCGAAUUGCUCAGCAGGUGAUCUUCCAUAUUGGGUGCCAGUGCCACUCCCUUUCCUAUCACCUGAUGGUUGUGUAAGAUAUAUUCGACGAGGAUUGGAUGCUGAUGUAAGGUAGUGGUAAGGGUGUUGCAGUGCCAUUCUUUUAUUGUAUAUCUCUAUCACAAUGGCCUUGUGUCUUUAAUGCUCUGAAUUAAAGGAGUUAUGAAGAGUGAUACCAAAAUCGCAGAAAUGAUUGAAUUGUUGGUUUCCUGAAGCAUGUUACUGGUGUACAAAAUGGAGAAUUUAAGCUCUUGCCUGCCAUGAAUGAGAUAAUGUUAUCCAAAUAUAGUGGCUCUCGUUUGUUGUUAUAUUGCCUUGAAGCUCAAGUGAACGAUGCACUUCUUAUACAGAAAGAAAGUUAUUAACCACAUCGACACUUUUAUUUAUGUGGUGCUUGUCAAUGAAGUAACCUUUAGUAAUGUAAUAUGUCCAAAGUGACCCUUAGUGAGAUGUGAUUGUGAAUAAUACGAAAAUUCGACUUUUUUCGUCCUUCA